GCGGCGGGUGCUGUGUACAAAUCUCAUUGUUUUUUUUUUUGUUGGUGUAUUGUGUUGUUGCUGUGGAUGUUCUAUUGAAAAAAAGUGCAGCAAUUUGUGUAUUAAAAAUAGCAACAAGGCAAUAAAUAAGUGUACUAUUUAAUGUAAUUUGUAUGCCAGGUUCAAAAUAUUGUAAAAGGAAUCAAGCAGAAAGAAGCACGACAACAAUAGUCAAGUGUCAGCUGGAGCAACAGCAGCAGAAGCAGCAGCAGUAGCGGUUAUCUGGACAUGAACAAGGCCGGCAAGCACAUUCAAAGUGGCGCCACCACAGCCAUCGGUGGCGGCAACUCCUCGCUGGCCAAUGCCACUGCCUUGCUUGGCUCCCCACCGCCAAUUACAAAUGCAACGGCCGCUGGAGCCGCAGCUGGAGCAGUGCUCAAUGGCACUGCGAGCAGUCCCAUGAAUGUGUUCAACUCCAUCAUGAGCUUUUUGCCGGACAAUCGACCCAUCACCUCGCUGCACAUUGUCGAGGACUUUGAGCGCUGCCCGAAGAACUUCAAUGCCAUACAUCGGACUUAUGAUCAGGACGCCGAUGCAGAUCUGUGGCGUGAUUACAACAUUCUCUUUGGCCGCCAGACCACGCGCUAUCUCUGCCUAUCAAAGUCCGAGGGACUGCCCGACUACGUUGUGGAGACGCUAAAAGUCAUUGCCGAGAAAGUGCCGCCGCCCAAGGAGUUCUCGCUGUUGUCGCGCACUGCGGACAGUGAUCAGAAGGCGUGGCGCAAGCGGCAAAUCGCCUACAAGUUGUCGAAACGCGGCACAGUCACGCAUGCGGUCACCGAUGUAAUACUCUGCUCCAAGCUGAAGAUAGCGCCCGAUGGCUUUAAGCUCGCUGGCGACAUAAAUGGCGUUUUGAUCUGCUACAAAACCGGUGCGAUUCCAGUGCGUCUGCCACCGCCGGUGCCACUUUCUGCUCUCGGUGUUGCAAGCGGCAACAGCUGUGAGGUGGAACAGGCUCUCAAUCGUCUCAAUUUACACGGCCAACGUAAUUCACGCGGACCGCUGCCACAGGUGCCUGCAACAGCCGAGCACCAUGACUACGAAGAGAUACAGGCGCACUUUCAAAUCAAUUCGCCACAGCGACCAGCGCCACCGCGUCCAGCAACAGCAGCUGCAGGUGGAGGACGAAAUGGCAACUAUGGCGGGACUGGCACGCUGGGCACCUAUACAGAACUGGAAGGCGUGCCAUUCACCAUGCAUGCCAUGCUACAGCGCAGCCAGCCAAUGACUGAUUUGCCCACAUUGCCUGAAAUUUCCACGCUGCUGAAGACGUUGGACUAUGACUUCCAACUGGAGCGUCAGAUCUUGUGCACCAUGAAAUCAUCGGCCUCCAAGAAUCCAUUCUUUAAGUAGUCGCCCACCCACGCCCUUCCCAUGUAGCAUUCGUAGCAUUAUGCGGAGUGCUAAGCAAUAAUCUAAAUAUUUCAAAUUACGUUUAAUUAGCGUUAACUAAUCGAAAUGUACUUAUCGGUGUGUGUGAAUGAAUAACAUGAAUAACACACUGCCAAGCAGCAGCACGUUUCAUUCAUUUGUCAGCUCAGUUCGAUUCGUUUUCGAAUUCAUAUUCAGAUUGAAAUUGAAAUUUAGUUUUACAUGCAAAAUAUAAUAUAUCUAUGUAUGUUCUUCAAAGACCUCAGCCCAGAUGUGUGUGUGUGCGUGUAUAGAUUCCUGUGCCUUUGAAUAAUAUGUAUCUACUGAUUUUGAUUACUUAAACACACAAAAUAUGUAUAGUAUAUUAUAUUUACCAUACAUAUGUAUGUACGUAUAUGCAUUCAGUUAUCUCUGAAUCAUUUAUAAUAUAUAUAUUUAUACAUACGUACACAUAAUUGAUACAAAUACAAAUGAAUUACCCAGCAUUGUGAUCGUGAACGAAAUGUUUGUCAUUAUUAUUUUUAAUUUUUUCAAUUGAAUGUCGUACACACAUCAAUAAAUAAAUCAAUUGAAAUUCCCCAAUUUCCCCAAGCUAUCUAUCUACACAUACUAUAUAUAUAUAUGUAUACACCCCACUCUCACUCAAUGUUUAAAGAGUAAAAUAAUAUAUAUAUAUAUAUACAUAUAUUACGCAAAAUGAAUGCGAAACAUAGUUUUUAGUUACUUAGUCUAAUGUUAAUGCGCUGAACAAGUCAAGCGAAAGCCAGCGAAAGUAUUUCAAUAAACAAUAAACCGAAAUAUACAAACACUGAUAUAGACAUACACAUAUACAUACAAAUACAAAUACAUAUACAUUUACAAAUUCAUAUAUACACAUAUACUUACACAUGUAGGGCACGCCAGUUGGUAUUUCAAAUAUUAUAUGGUAGUUCUAGAGACCCGUAGACUGUACAACUAUGUUAAACAAAUCAUUGGUUCUUCCCCAUCUCCCCCUCUCUUAUUCACCCCACAACAAAUAAUUGCAAAUGUUAUGCAGAUGUUCGAAAUAAAAUUAUAUAUAUAUAUAUACAUACAUAACUACAGAUUGUUUAUAUAUAUUAUAUUGUAUUAUGCACUCUGUGAACUUCGUAUAGCGUCUUUCAGAUGUUAUCGCCGCUGUUGCUGUCUCCUUUCUCAGGCCAUCUCUCUCGUUCUCGUUUCUUAUCUGCAUCAAGCCAUGGUUUUUGUAUAUAUAAUAUAUAUUAUUUAUUGCAAUUAGUUCAGCGCCUUUUUUUAUACUAACCAAUCUGUAUUUUAUGAUAUAGUUAAUUUUCGAAAAUAUUUAAGUGUAAACCU